AUGCUUCUCCCAAGGCGACUCUUACGACCAUGUUCCCUCAUCUUUCUAAGUACACACACAUGCCACCUACUACUCAUUUUCAUCUUCCUUUACGGCCUAGCAAUCAACCUAGCCCGCCUAACAUGCUGGCGCGACCCGACAUCCGCCUUCUUCGCCGAAGACCAAGCAUACAAGCCCGCCUACUCCAUCCUCCGCACAGAACAAGCCAACGAACUCAUCCAACAAGCCAACAGCAACACCCUCCCCCAGCACUUCCAGACCAAAGCCUCUGCCCAUCCCACGAUGUGCGUCGGAAUCGCCUCAGUAGCACGAAAGGGUGCACGGUACCUCCAGGGCGCAGUCGGCUCCAUCCUCGAGGGCCUCACCGCGACAGAGAGAGAAGACAUGUACCUUAUCAUCUUCAUCGCGCAUUCUGAUCCAGCGGAGCAUCCAGCGUAUACGGAGCCAUGGCUCCGUGCUCUCGCUGACAAGGUGCUUGUCUAUGAUCCGGAUGUAGUGGAUAUAGAACAUAUUCGCAGUUUGGAGACCCCAGAAGCGAAGAAGUUCGCUCGUGAAAAGGGUCUGUUUGAUUAUACGUAUCUUCUUAAAGAGUGCGGUAAGCAAAAUACGUCGUAUACGGUUAUGCUGGAAGAUGAUGUCGUUGCUUUGGAUGGGUGGUAUCAUCGGACUAAGCAGGCUUUGGAUGUCGCGGAGCGGAAGGCGGAGGAGGAAGGGGUGGAGCAGUGGCUUUAUCUCCGACUCUUCUACACCGAGAUAUUCCUCGGAUGGAACUCAGAAGAGUGGCCCAUCUACCUCUUCUUUUCUCUCCUUGCCGUGUCUGUGAUCGUGGCCACAACCACAGCAACCCGAUACUGUUGCCCAUCUACGGCUAGAUACCUCUCGAACGAGAUCAUAACCAUCCUCUCUUUAGUGGUCACUCCCCUCCUCAUCACCCUCUUUUUCGCCGCCGGACGGCACACAAUGCUCCCAAUCCCCGAGGGAGUGCACGCGAUGCCCAAGUUCGGCUGCUGCUCUCAGGGGUUCGUCUUUCCACAGACCCGCAUUGGAGACUUGGUAUCCUGGUAUGAGAGUAACCAAGCCGGGUAUGUGGAUAUGCUCACGGAGAGUUACGCCGACCAGAACGGGGAGGUUCGCUGGGCGUUGACGCCUAGUGUAUUGCAGCAUGUUGGGAGUAGGAGCUCGAAGACGAAUGCGCUGGGGAAGCAUAGGGAGCGGCUGACGAUGGCUGAAAGGAUUUGGAAUUUUGGGUUCGAGGAGAAUGAUCCCGGGGAGUUGAGGCUGGAGCAUAGACUGCGGGAUGAGGGUCGGGGGUAG